UGGCAGCGAUGGCCCAGUGCUGAGCGCCCCGCCAUGGCCGGCGCCCCCGGCCCGCUCCGCCUGGCGCUCCUGCUGCUCGGGGCGGUGGGCAGGGCCGGCCCCCGUCCCCAGGGUGCCACUGUGUCCUUCUCAGAGACACUGCAGAAAUGGUGGGAAUACCGACGCCAGUGCCAGCGCUUCCUGACGGAGACUCCACCCCCAGCCACAGGCCUGUUCUGCAACCGGACCUUCGACGAGUAUGCCUGCUGGCCAGACGGGCUGCCGGGCUCCCUCGUGAACGUCAGCUGCCCCUGGUACCUGCCCUGGGCCAGUAACGUGCUGCAGGGACACGUGUACCGGUUCUGCACAGCUGAUGGCCUCUGGCUGCAUGUGGACAACUCCAGCCUACCCUGGAGGAACCUGUCUGAAUGUGAUGACUCCAAGGGAGGGGAGAGAAGCUUCCCGGAGAAGCAGCUCCUCUCCCUUUACUUCAUCUACACGGUGGGCUAUGCGCUUUCCUUCUCCGCUCUGGUCAUCGCCUCUGCCAUCCUCCUCGGCUUCAGACACCUGCACUGCACCCGGAACUACAUCCACCUGAACCUGUUUGCAUCCUUCAUCCUCCGAGCACUGUCCGUCUUCAUCAAGGAUGCGGUCCUCAAGUGGAUGUACAACACGGCCCCCCAGCAGCACCAGUGGGAUGGGCUCCUCUCCUACCAGAACUCUCUGGGCUGCCGCCUGGUGUUCCUGCUCAUGCAGUACUGCGUAGCGGCCAAUUACUACUGGCUCCUGGUGGAGGGUGUGUACCUGUACACGCUGCUGGCCUUCUCAGCUUUCUCCGAGCAGCGCAUCUUCAGGCUCUAUCUGAGCAUAGGCUGGGGUGUUCCCCUGCUGUUUGUUAUCCCCUGGGGCAUUGUCAAGUACCUCUAUGAGGAUGAGGGCUGCUGGACCAGGAACUCAAACAUGAAUUACUGGCUCAUUAUCCGGCUGCCCAUUCUCUUUGCCAUUGGAGUGAACUUCCUCAUCUUUGUCCGGGUUAUCUGCAUUGUGGUGUCCAAACUGAAAGCUAAUCUUAUGUGCAAGACGGACAUCAAGUGCAGACUUGCCAAGUCCACACUGACACUCAUCCCGCUGCUGGGGACCCAUGAGAUCAUCUUUGCCUUCGUGAUAGACGAGCAUGCCCGGGGGACACUGCGCUUCAUCAAGCUGUUCACAGAGCUCUCCUUCACCUCCUUCCAGGGCCUGAUGGUGGCCAUCUUGUACUGCUUUGUCAACAACGAGGUCCAGAUGGAGUUUCGGAAGAGCUGGGAGCGCUGGCGGCUUGAGCACUUGCACAUCCAGAGGGACAGCAGCAUGAAGCCCCUCAAGUGUCCCACCAGCAGCCUGAGCAGCGGAGGCACGGUGGGUAGCGGUGUGUACGCAGCCACGUGCCAGACCUCCUGCAGCUAAGACUCCAGCACCUGCCACCCCUGUGCUCUCGCUGCUGGCUGGGUGGUCAUCCCAGGUGGGAGAGACCGUCCGGGGUAGGAAGGAAGGAACACAUGCACACAUACAUCCCUGCUUUCCCUUUCCAAACCCAUCAGACAGGCAAAUGGCCAGUGCCUCCUGGGACCUGUGGACACAUUUUCUCCAAGGAGAAGCAGCCUACUAAUUGGAUCACAGUGGCGGGAGGAGAGGAAAAACGAUUGCUGCUCAAAUGAGGAAGAUUUCUUCCCGUUAAGCUACAAGGCCCCUGGGGUUCCCCAGACAGAGCAGCAAAUCAGCCCUAGACUCAAACUCAAGGUCAAUGACUUAUUAGUGAGACGGGAGCUUGUAAGAGGAGGUGGUUCUGAAAGAUGCUGGUAUAACCUCAGCCAAACACAGAGCUUAGGUAACAUGGGCCAACUCCGCUUGCCUCUGGUUGGGGCCACAGCCACCCCCAUCUGCCUCCUCAUUAAGGGAUGCUGUUCACGUGUCUGUGUUGCUUGUUUCCCUCAUCUGGACCCCUCAUCUCACGACGCAGCUUCUCUUUGGGGGCUUUGUUUGGGCCACCACCAGCAGCUAUUCCUAGAAAUGGCUGUGGGUGAUGUUAAGAAUGAACAUUGAAAAGGUGGCUGAAGUUUUCCUUUGCUGGUGAUCACUUCUCCCCUGGGUAUUUGAUUGGCUUUGGUGCCUGCUCCCACCAGGCCCAGGGAAUGAGGGCAAGCCCACUGCCGAGGAGCCUGUUCCUGGGCUAUGAGCUCUGAAUUCUAGAAAGGCUCAAGAAUCCUCUGGGUUCAUGUAGGGAACUUUAGAGAUGUCUGCCCUGGGGGAGUAGAUUGCCUACCACUAUUGGGAACUCAGAGGGCCAAGAGAGCUUUGGCUCCACCUGUCCAUGGAAAUGUUUUUCAUUUGUGAGGAGAUUAUGUAUCUUGCAUGGGAGUUUGGGUGUGUCCUCUAACUUUAGGGCAUGUGACCAAGAAGAGACGUUUUCGGGGAAACUACCAGCUGCCAUUGCUACCACGGAGGCCGACUUCUCCUGCCCUUGGUUUCUUCCCUUUGAAAUUCCCCUACUUGGGAGCUUGUACACACUUUAUUUAUUUUUCCUUAUUGCUGUGAAUAAUCUCCAUGUGCAAAUGUGCAAUUCUGAUUUCUCCCACCUGAUGGAAACAAGAACUAAAUCAUUGUGGUGGUGGAUGUUGUUUGGGGGAGUGGGGUAGUAAUUGACUUGGCUCAUCCACACUUUGAGCUAUUAAUGUUUGCCCUGCCUCCAGUCUCAUCCCAUAAAUAAUGAGCAGCAGAGAGGCUAGACAGGGAAAACCUAUCAAUCCUGCCCCAGCCAUGAUGAGAAAGCAGACACGUAGCAGCACUGCAGAGACCCAGGGAAAAGGAGAACUGCCAUCCCAGGGAGGCUGGCAAUUGAGUUCAUGGAUGCGAAGGAAGUUUCCAGAGCAGGAGACAACUCUUGCAAGUCCAAUAGGACCUCCUGGGAGGGCAGAGGGAGAAGCAUUGGAUGAAUUCCUUUAUGAGUCCAUCUCUCCCUCCUUCUCCUUUUUAAGUGAUGGGGGACCCUCCCCAAAGCCUUGCACCAGACACAUUCUCCUGUGCCCCUCAGAGAGGCAAGUGAUGUGCAGGGAAAGUAAUAAUGGGACAUAAAACACAUCAAGCAGAAAAUUUCUUAUACUUCAGCUUCAGUGAAGUGUUGUGUCUAUGUUAAUAGGGAAGUUGAACCUCAGGCUAGAGAAAGGAAUUGUGCAGUCUGCCUCCUUGACUGAGCAAAUGUAGAUAGGUGGGGGGUGGGGAUGUUACAGCAUCGCAAGAAUAAGGGAAGACUUCCCAAUAGGCAUCACUCAUUUAGCUUUCUCUUUGGAGUAGGGAAGAGGGGAGGUGAACACUGGUGGGUUGAUGGGGGGUGGGGUAAACCUCUGGUGCAAGUGUCUCAGUUUUGGAUAAACUGGAAGAUUUUGAGAAUCAUUAAUACACUACACAGCAAGAAAGAGAUAGAUUGAUAUAAUCUGUGAAAAAUAAAUGGUUGGGGGAGGAAUUGUGGGGAGAAAGUGUUUGGUUAGGCACCUGGGAAGCUCAGACAAUUUGGUUUAAACUCUAAUUGAUAUUGGUGAUUCCUGAUUUCAGAAGGCUCCUCACACCCCCACGCCCCAAGCCUUUUAACACUGCGGAACUUUUUCCUUCGUGAUACCAGACACUGAACUGAAGAAAUAUUUUCGUUGCUCCAAGAGCCACACUAUUAAUAUUCAUUUGAAUGGCAGUCCACUCCCGCCAAGCUAUUCCCAAACUCUCCUAAAGCUAAAUAUAGUUCUAAUAGGUCUGGGAAAUAUCGAAUGCAAUGUACUCCAAAAUUCCACUAGCUGUUUACAUGUCAGAUGCCCUAAAGUCUGGAGCUUGCUGAGAACGCUCUUAUUUGCCUCCAUCCUGGGGGUACUAUUGCUGACCAGCAGGGUUGGGGCGCUCUGUGUGUGAGCUGUGCAGCCAACAAGGUCUGAAGACUGUCAUAAUAGAGACUGAGUUCAGCACCCUGGCCAGCUCCCUGGAAUUUAUUAGAGGCUUAAAUCCUGUCAACUUGUCCUUGCCAUUUCAAUCUUUGGAGCAGCUGAAUCACAGAACUGAAACAAACCACUUACACUGCAAAGUUGCCUUCCAUUCAAAAUGACUCUCCAGAUUGCAGGCAUGAUUUUCAAUUGCCUCGAUGCAGUUCACACUGAAGCUCACACCAGUGGAGUUCUCCGAGACUCAGAGCAGGGAAAGACCUUGGCCAUCUCUCCUGCCCUGACCUAGAGGAGUGAGGAGGUAGGCUUGCAGAGGUGGCUUGCCUAAGGUCACAGAGCUGGAUGGUGGCUAAGCUGGACUAGGACUCCUGCCAACUCUCGCCUCCCAGUCCAGUGAGGCCUCUGGAAAGAAUAAGUGCAAAAUAUAAAUGGCCAUUCAAAAUACUCUAAGUAAAAGUUGGCAGUGUUAUCCAGAGUUUCUGUUAAGGAGGAAACACAGCAGCAAAGAUAGACACACCGGAUGGUGAAAGUGCCAUCUCCCCAGUGAUUUAUCCCACUGAGAAGAGGGGAAGGGUGUGCUUUACUAUCUCUGCUCUAGUAUCUCUUUCCUUGUCUGAAAAUUAAGAAACGAAAUGCAUAAGAGCACACGUAUGCAUAGAAAUAGCAAAUGAGCCAUAGCAGAUAGCAAAGCCAGUGCUCUUUUAAUGGAUUGGCUUACUGUUUUUCUGAUGCAUCUGUGCUUGUUUGAGAAGCUGUACUGAUAGCCAUACAGAGUAGACUAGAAGAACCUUAAAAAAAGGUCCCAAAUCUCCCCUUUUGCUUCUCUAGUACCCCCUGAAGUUGGAGAAGACUAGAAAACUGGGCAACUUUAGCCUAGCAAAGAUGGCCUUGCCACCACGAAGGGCAAAUAGAAAGAGUCAGUUCACAUGCACGCCCUGAGAGGCUUGGUCACCUCAUUGGUGUGGGCCAUGUUUCAGCAGCUUCCAUCCCCGUUCCCUCCCCUGUCUCUUUCUUCCACAAGGAGAGAACAUUGUGUGUGUGUGUGUGUGUGUGUGUGCAUGCAUGCGCAUGUGUGCGUGUGUGUUUUGUCUUGUGCACAGCAGCAUAAAGUUAGGAGAUGAUGAAUACAGAAUCAUCCCACCCACUGAGAAGGUCAUGGGGCUGCACAAUCCAGGGCGAGGGUGGGCGGGAGCCUGAGCGGCAGAUGCUUCCUCUCCAUGCGCAGACGGGGCUCCCAUUAUUGCUAAUGCCUGCGACGUGCUCAGGGAAGGCACAAUGUAUUCCAAAAGUUUAUUUUCCUUCCACUGAAUUGAUUCUAAUCUCCAGUGCUGACCCUGCUUUUGGCUCCUACGAGGCAAACUAUAAAAACCCUCAAAUAAAAUAUGUCGGCUUUUUCUGCUAAGACAGCUAUGUGAAUGACGUGCUAAAUAUUCAACGAAUCCAAAUUAGUAUCAACUGGAACUUUUUUUCCUUUCAUGGCUGGAGUGAGGUUUCUUGGGAAAGAAAAUGGCCCAAUGUGAGAAACUUCUGCAGACAGCAUCACCACGCCCCUACAGUGGUCCUGCUGGCUCAAACCAGCUCUCUGGCCCCGUGCAGAGGGCCCUAUCAGGAAGCAUUGUUAAGCAGUAUAAUUUCUAACAAUUAAUGCCACAGUGUGUCUAUGGUAUCUAUAAUUCCUUCUGCGCUGUCAGUGGAGACAGAUUGGCAGGAAGCUGAUAAGCAUAAUUGUUUUCCCUUAACUCCUAAGAGUCUUUUGGACUUUGCCUAUAUUUGAAUCUGUCAGAGAGGGAGCUUUUCUCUUCUCCCCUUCGACCAUUUUAGCCAGGUUUUCAGGACCGCAUCCAGCACUGGUGCAUUUUCCCCCCAUGCAUCCAUCCUCCUCCUCACCCCCACGCUACUCCCUCAUACCCGCCCAUCCCCGCAAUGAGCUUUCCCGCCCUCCUCCCCCUGCCGCCUCAGUAAGAGGUGACCCUGCCAGCCAUGCUGUGAAUGCCAUCCUCUCAGCUGUGACCAAUUGAGGGGUACAGCUGAGAGUGAGGCACUGCCAGGGCUGACAAUGAUGCACCACUUGCUCACUCUGGCGCAGUGAGGAGCGUUGCAGCCAUCAGCUUGGAUCCUAACUUACAUUGGGGUUAUGCAACCUUUCUGAUGGGGCCUGUCCAAACUAUCAGUAAUUAGUCAACCUGGACAAACUAACAUGACUAAUUAUCACAGCGUCAAAGCAAUCCAGGAGAAGGAAAUCAUAUAUAAAUGAGAAUGUCUGGAUGUGAGGGAAAAAGAGCUCCCAGCAAAGUCUGGAACAUGUAAGUUAGGUUUUUCGCUUCUGUGCAGAGGGGCCAGCGGGGGGAGCCAGGAAGGGGCAAGAUUCGCCCCCGACGGACAGAGCUGGAUUUUGCCAAAUGGUUCACACUUUACUUCCAAAUCUGCAGAUCUUAUAAGCCCCCCUAUUAAAAAUAACCAUCACAUCCUCAAGGAGAUAAAUCUUAACAUCCCAUUGGUUUUGGAGGUGGUUCAACACAGAGCUUUAAAUGCACCGAGAGAGGUGAGCCAGGCUCUCAGAAGAGAGAGCUAAAUUUCUAUCUUCAGUGCUCUUGGCGGAUGUUUGCUCUUCAUGAAUGUUUAAACAAGAUAAUUUCCAUGUGAUUUCUAAUGUGUAAAUUCAUGUAAAAUAUGACCUGUGUCUAUAGGUAGCAAAUAUGUAUGGUAUGUAAUUCCUUGUAUAGAUGUGAAUGGAUUCGGGCUGUUUCCUAAUUUGCCUUGUAAGUCAAAUAAAAGCCUGUCAUUACUGUG